CUGUACCAGUUUAGGUCCGGGUUGACCAUCGCCUCGAAGUGUACGACAGUUUUAGAGUUCCUGCUUCCGGUUUUACGUACCAGGAGCGGUGUGUGACACAUUUUUGUAAAAAUGUAAUUUAUGAUCACCCGGUCGGACGGACGUGAAGUGAACGGUACCGGAAAAAUGGAAACAUUGCAUCGUUUCGGACUCGGAUCUUUCCACCAACAAAAAGUAGACGCGUGUACACGUCUCGGACCGAAGGUCAUGGAGGUGUUGCUGGGAAAAUUAAACACGCCACGGUCAUUCCUUCACACAGCUGCCCUCACUUUCGAGCCGAGCGAGAGUACGAACGCUCGGUACGUGGCUGGGUGACUAGGGCAUAUAAACUAAUCAAUUAUAACACCGGAGCGGUUCGCUUCCGGAGCGUAAAUUGCACUCAAGUUCAAGCGCACGCCUCGACCGCCCGCCGAUUGCAAUCGGCUGCGCGUGAUGAAGCGAAGAGCAUCAAACUGAGCCGGUUGGAAAAUAAUACGCCACGAUAAGGGAUCGAAAAGCUCCAAGGGCAGCGAAUUGGAACGGGCUGGGCCAAGGUAGGCAGGUGAGCAGAGAACGGAAAAAAGUACACAAAUUUGCAUUGAAGCACGGUGACGCCUACUACCAGCGUAAGGACCGGUUCAUUAAUUCCUGGACGUUCCAUUAAUUCCGUUCACAUUCGACUAAGUCGACGCUCAUCGAUCGAUCGAACGAUUGGUGACCGUCGGAAAGUGCGUCACUGUACGUCAGUGUUAAGGAAAGCUUCCACGCCAGCCAUGUGGUGUGUUCCGGUAAACACUCUCGGACGCACGGGUGUGAGAAUCGCGGUGCCUCGUGGGGACACACAUAUCGGGAGGUUAUAUCAUCGGGGCAGGUUGUUGUUGCUGGAUGGUUAACGCGGUCGGUGUAGCGAUGUAGCAACCUGCAUCAUUUUGGUGUGACGGGGGGUUGUUGCCAUUUUUGAAGCUGGUGUAAGAUAGUGUCACGAUGGGUAUCGGCGGAAGGAGUAAACCUAAGAAGAGCCAAAAAUUACACAUGCUCUACCAGAGGGGCGACUUUUUAUGUUACAGAUAGGAAGUCUAUGACAGUUUAAAAAAGGAAAUACCCUUUAAUGGAGCUCUUUAGUAUCAAUACACAUUAGGAGUUCUUCUCUGCACUUCUUGGCUCUUUAAGAGUGUGUAAAGGGUCAGGUGGAGCUUCACAGCUGUUUAAGAAAUUUAGUCGAAGUUUUGCUAUUUCCUUAGGCUGUUUAAUACGAUAGAAAUCGUACCAGAAUUGAUUGCCGAUAGUAUAACCUAGUUGUAGCAAGAAGCUAAAUCUCCAACAAGGCCCAAUAAGUACUCAAGGAAUUGAAUAAAUAUUUUCAAAGUCUAGUUGCUAAUAAUUAAAUAGCAAGCAGUGUAUUUUAUAUUUUUGAUGACCGAACUCAUAUUAAUCUGAUCAGUUUAAAGCAUUUCAAAAUUCAUUCUAUUUAGUUAGAAGCUUUAAAAUUUCCUUUAUUUUCUCAAGCAUCACUCUUUUUCUGCCCCAAAUGAUGAAGAAAAUACCUACAGAUACCAUGUACUUCCUGAGCAAAUCAACGCACCGUGAAAGCUUAAUUGAUCGCUUAACAAUCCACUGCGAUGGAUGUUGGAUGUGCAUCGAUUAUUAUUAGUUCAUACCAUCCACUCACACCGUUCAUUAAACGCAUCAGUUAGUGCAUCGUGUUAAAGUCCAAUUAAUUUUCGCCCGUAAAUAGAACAACGAUCUAAAACGAUACUCAGAGUCGCUAGUUUUUUUUUUUUUGAAGUUAAGCCUACAGUGAUGCAAUUAAGUGUGUGUGAAGUAAUAAGCACAAUAUGCCCUCAUAUCUCUGUUUAAUAAAUAAUAUAAAAGGUUAAUAUUUUACUAUUUUAAGCCCUUAAAGCAUGGAAAAGAAGCAACAGAAUGAAAAGUAACAAACAGCAUGCCACACCAACACGGUAAGGAUAGUUUUGCAAGCUGCAGCAUAAGUCUCCCAUUCCACAUAUUAUGCUUCACGACGUUACGCGAUUACGUAGCCAUCUCAGGUGGUGGAGCGCACACACUCACACAGAUAUCUGGGGGUCAAUUUAAGACCUCCCCCCCCCCCUCCAUUCAGCCUCCCAUACACCCUGUAACACCAUCCUCCCAUGAGAAAAAAACCCGGCUGACUGGUUGCAUUUUACCCAGCUGAUAAGUCGCUUUUACUUUCGAUCAUUUCUCGUUCGCGCUCGAUCUUAGCGGCGAGCGAGAUGAACACGAUCGUCUCGGUCCUCGCGACCGUCGUAACGGUGGAGGUUACAGUUACAGUCGUCACUCGUAAAAUAUGCCCGCAGUGGGACAGGAUCAGAGACCGAAGCGCACAGACCCGACCAAUCGAGCGCGCGAACGCGUUGACCAGUUUCAGUUGCUACAGCACCACGGCACGUCGUCGACCGUUACCGUUAUUGUCCGUGAACAGCAGUCGGCGGUGGUAGCAGACCAGCUCACUGAGAAGUAGCAAAACAAGAAAUAAAACAGGAAGGCAUUUUCGAUAAAGAAGUUUUAAAACGCGUACCCCUAGAAGAAAGUUAGAAGCAAAGGUGCCCGUCAACCAAACCUCUUGUAGCUAUGAGGCUAUACUUUAAACUUUAGACAACCCGUAGCUCGUGACGUUUAAUUUUGGUAUGCAAAUGAAGUUUGGCCCGGCCUUUCUUCGGUUCCAUUUUAAUUCCUGCGGCUCGUUGGUGUGCAGUGCGUGCGUGCGAGUGCGAUAAGCCAUUCCAGCUGUUGUGGAACGAACGUCGUCGUGGUUCGUGAUAGCGGAAAUGUGUAAUUGACGCUCGGUGUCGGAGUAGACUUGAGCACCGGUGUCGGAUUAGGUCAGCAGCCGCUACCACCAGCAGCGACACUGCUCCAAGCACUCCCCAUUCUACGUUAAUCGGAUCGUCUAGUGAAAGCAAUAGAAAAAAAGCCACACAAUGGUACUAUCGGUGCUGAUGGUGCAGACGUUGACCACGCUGCUGGAACCACCGCCAGCGAUCGGUGGCACCAAAGGUCUCCCGUCGACGGGUCAACCACAUCAACCGCAGGCCAACAUAGCGGUGUUUAUGUUUCUGUUUAUGUUGUGUGCGGCUGAGGUCGUGUUUAUCAAGCUGCUCACCCUAACGUCCUUCGGGCGUGGUGAUGUACUGACCACUGCUGCAACGGCUUCUACCAACGCUACCAGCACGACUGCAACCCAGACCAGUACGAUCAGCGAUCAAUCACCGGACAACCUGGUGCAGGAUGCCACAUCUUCAACCAAUCAAGAGUAGAAGCCAAUGGGAAGGGUUGCCGUUUUCGCUCGUACCCAAAAGAAAACAGUGUUGAACCUUCGAAGAAGCUGUCCUUGCGCGGGGCGAAUGGGUCGGAGUGAAAUUUGGUGCCCGAAAGUGUGAAACUUUACCCAAUUUUUCACCACCGUUGGCGUGUGUGUGUGGCGAAGCAUAGCGCGAAAUGUGAUGGACACCGUGUGAAGGACGUGUGUGUCGAAAGCAAGCAAUUAUAACGAUUAAUUGUUAUACAAGAGUGACGAAAACGGAAUGGUGUGUGAUGAUAGUUUUUGGUAUUUAUUUGUUAACUUUAUCUGCUUAUGUAGUCAGGCCGUUUGAAAAUUUUCAACUAAAAAUUGAUUUAAAUUAAUUCUUAAUCGAAAUAAAAUUGUGAUGGAAAAGAAAAAAAAAACGGAAUAAAUUAAAACUCGAACCUAUCUUACUCAUACGGCACACACUGUGAUUGUGUUAUCAGACGGCACAGCAAGCCAGUAGCUCGGGCUCGCUCGUGCAUUCGUGAAAGCGGACAAUAGCGACGUGCAUUGCCGGUUGGUUUAUUUCAUUUAAGAAUAUUGUCUGGCAUUGAGCAUGUAGCGUUUAGUUGGCGGAUAGGAGAAAGAAUUGAAGCGGUUGCCUUCACCGUCAUCUGCAUCAGCAUCAUCGCCACAAUGGGUCGUUUAAUUUAUCCAGAGGUAAAUGUACAAAGCGGCAAGAGGUCGCUGGGGGAAGGCUCUACUUUCGUUAUGCAACGAUGUGCGAGUAGGUGUUAUGCAUCUGAUGCUUAUGCAAAUAUGCUAUCGCUUUGUGAUCGUGAUCGAUGAUAUCGAGCUUGUAUAAAAAGGUGUUGUAAAUAAUGCAAAUAAAAAAAAUCAAAUGUAAGGAGAUUAGUUGUUAAACAAAGCUCCUAUAGUUGAUAAUGAAAGGUUUGUUACCGAGACAAUUGUGCUGUGAGAGUGAGAGCGAGAGAAUGGUGAAAACGGAACCCAUCGAAACGCUUGAGAUAGAGAGAACGAAUGAGUAGGGUUGUUGGAAAAUGCCUUGGAGACGAUAAAACCUUGAAGUGUUUUUUGUUUCGAACAAAUGUAGGUGUACUCUACAUGAAAAGCUCAUCGAAAUACAAAUGUCAGACGUGAAUAAAAUCAAUUGCAUCAGUUUUGUCCCAAACAGUGACAAAUACUGAUGCAUUAGUACGAUAAGACGUGAUGUUUAGCCUAAAAGCUUAACAAAAAAUAAAGUUUUUCUACAAAUAAUUACUUGUGUUAUCGUGUGGAGUGUUGGAGGAAAAGAAAAAGGUUGCAUAAAAAGGUAAGCGUUCGUGUGUGAACUCAACCAAUAACCUCAACUCGUUUGCAUUUUGUCGUUUCGUCGGGGGAGAAGAAAUAAUUAAUCAGACGAAUUAGUAUGCAGCUGCAGGUGUUACAAAAAAAAGCGGAAAAGACUGACAAAUUGGAAAUUUCUUUAUUUGCCUAUCAUCAUGAUCAACCGUUUAGUCAAUCUAUUCUGAUCGUUCCCCAUUAAUAAAUGCUAAGCUUUUCAUACGCUUUCUCCCAAUUAGAAAUAGCUUGCAAUAGAGCCAUCACCAUAUUUUGGUUUUCCCUCUCUGCUUUCCCUACUCA